AUGCCUCUCAAGAACUCCAAGUACUCUAUGCCUCUAAAGAACUCCAAGUACACUAUGCCUCUCAAUAACUCAAAGUACUCUAUGCCUCUCAAGAACUCCCAAGUACACUAUGCCUCUCAAGAACUCCCAAGUACUCUAUGCCUCUCAAGAACUCCAAGUAUAUGCUUCUCAAGAACUCCAAGUACACUAUGCCUCUCAAGAACUCCCAAUUACACUAUGCCUCUCAAUAACUCCAAGUACUCUAUGCUUCUCAAGAACUCCAAGUACACUAUGCCUCUCAAGAACUCCAAGUACACUAUGCCUCUCAAGAACUCCCAAGUACACUAUGCCUCUCAAGAACUCCCAAGUACACUAUGCCUCUCAAGAACUCCCAAGUACACUAUGCCUCUCAAGAACUCCCAAGUACUCUAUGCCUCUCAAGAACUCCAAGUACACUAUGCCUCUCAAGAACUCCAAGUACACUAUGCCUCUCAAGAACUCCCAAGUACACUAUGCCUCUCAAGAACUCCAAGUACACUAUGCCUCUCAAGAACUAAAAGUACACUAUGCCUCUCAAGAACUCCCAAGUACACUAUGCCUCUCAAGAACUCCAAAACUCCCAAGUAUACUAUGCCUCUCAAGAACUCCAAGUACACUAUGUCUCUCAAGAACUCCCAAGUACACUAUGCCUCUCAAGAACUCCAAGUACACUAUGCCUCUCAAGAACUCCCAAGUACACUAUCUCUCAAGAACUCCAAGUUCAUUCAAUAUGCCUCACAAGAACCCAAAGUACACUAUCACCCAUCAUUCAAUACGCUGUAA